AAACUUCAGCCACUUUAACGGGAAGUAAGAAGGUUCUGAAGUCUCGCGCGCACCGGAGCCGGUUCCUUUAGGCACGCGCUACAGAGGCUCUGAGAUGGACUGAGGGACUCAGGGUAAAGAUGUUUACGGAUCUGAAGAAGCGGAUAGGCGAGUGCUGGGUGACUGCGUGUCCGUGUUUCUGUGAGAAGCCUGCUGGGACCGGGGACGAUGAUUCGGUGGUGGUGAUCCCGAAUCCCACCGUGGGGACUGAUCGCCAAGAGCGGGACAUCCCGCCCUCUGUCCCCGCGCUGUACACGGCUCUGUGGGAUUACACCGCGCGUACCGCCGAGGACUUAAGCUUCCGCACGGGGGAUCAGCUGGAGGUUCUGGACCAGACCAACCCGGACUGGUGGAUCGCCCGAGCGCUGACUGGACUCUCUGGCCGCGGCCAGGGCUACAUCCCGUCUAACUACGUAGCACCGCUCCAGAGCCUGCACGCGGAGAGGUGGUAUUUUCCUGAUACAAAGCGUCUGGAUGCAGAGAAGCUCCUUCAGGCUGAAGGAAAUGGACACGGCUCAUUUCUGAUCCGAGAAUGUGAAAGUCAGCAAGGGGAACUGUCACUGUCAGUGUUGGAUCAGGGGAAGGUAAAGCACUAUAAGAUAAAAAAAUCAGAUGAUGGACAGUACUUUGUGUCGAAGAGGCGGAGCUUCAUCACACUGAAGGAGCUGGUGGAUUAUUACAGCACUACAGAAGAUGGAUUGUGUGUCCGACUCACACAACCCUGCAGGAAGGUUAUAGCUCCACAGACUCAUGGUUUGUCCUAUAACACGGUGGAUUACUGGGAGAUUCCACGCAGCUCCAUCUGCCUGCUGCAGAAACUCGGAGCUGGACAGUUUGGAGAAGUUUACGAAGGACUGUGGAACAACACGACUGCUGUUGCUGUCAAAACAUUCCGACCAAGUAGUAUGGAUUCUCAAGAUUUCCUCCGUGAAGCUCAGAUCAUGAAGAAGCUGCGUCACCCAAAGCUGAUUCAGCUGUAUGCAGUGUGUACUGUUGGAGAACCAAUUUACAUCAUCACUGAACUGAUGAAGCACGGCAGCUUACUAGAUUACCUACAGAAGGACAAAGGAGAGUUUGUAGCAAUGUGUGAUCAGGUGGAGAUGGGUGCUCAGGUGGCAGCAGGGAUGGCGUACCUGGAGCUGCAGAAUUACAUACACAGAGACCUGGCAGCUCGAAACGUGCUGGUGGGAGACAACAACAUCUGUAAAGUGGCAGACUUCGGCUUGGCUAGAAUGUUCAAAGCAGAGAGUGAUGGUGUUUAUGUUUAUGAUGAUGAUGAUGAUGAAGAGCCUGUGUAUGAGGUGAAACAGGGAACUAAGCUGCCUGUGAAGUGGACGGCUCCUGAAGCUUUGCAUGAUAACAAGUUCACCAUUAAAUCUGACGUGUGGAGUUUCGGAAUCCUGCUCUACGAAAUCAUGACUUUUGGACAAAUGCCGUACCCAACUCUCACGAAUCAACAGGUGAUGCAGAGGAUGCGUACAAGUUACCGGAUGCCGUGUCCCGCAAACUGUCCGAAGCGUAUCUAUGACAUCAUGAUUGAGUGCUGGAAGGAAAUGCCCUCUGACCGGCCCACCUUCGAAACCCUGCAAUGGAAACUCGAAGAUUUUUAUGACAUGGACAUCAGCGCGUACGAUGACGCCGGCCGCUACUGAGGACUUUUUUUCUCUGCAAGGUUUCUUCCUUCUGCAGCUCGGGGAGUUUUUGUCCCUGCCACAGUCGCCACUGGCUCACUCAGUAGGGACAAACUUACACUUAUAAAGAACAUCUUAUUCAUUCUUCAGCACCACGUUAUCUGUGUGAAGCUGCUUUGAGACAAUGUUCAUUGUUAAAAGUGCAAUACAAAUAAACAUGAAUUGAAUUGAAUAUUUUAAUUACCCAUGAUCUUUUGCUCACCACCAUGUACACUACAGCAGUAUAGAGCACAUGUAGGGCACAUGGAGGGGGUGCUGGUGGUUACCGGAUGUGCUGAAAUUGGAACCAAACUGAGGGAACAUUUUCAGCCAAUCAGACUGAGUGGGUGGAGCUAAGUGUUGUAUAAUUACAGAUUAUAUCAGUAACAUGAUCAGUGACUGUACAGUGUUUGUGUGUUAAUGUACUUCAUUUGUGAAUUCUCUCCACUGCUGAUCUAAUUCAAUAAUUAUAUUGGUGAAUGUUGAUGUUUAAUGGGCCAAUCAGAAUUCUCUUUCCUGGAAGAUGUCACAGUAAAAUCUGAUCAUCAGUCUGCUUGUGUGAUCAUUACCUACACGUGCUAAUAAACACCAAUACACAUG